AUGCCGCCCCGAUUCAUAAGGCGUCGAUCGACCAGACCGGCAGAUGGAGCGACCCAUUCUCGAUCACUGAGCAUGUUGCCCGUCCGGUGGAGAGGAAGAGGAAGAGCAAGCAGACCAAGGUGUCGAUCCAGAUCUGAAAAUUCGCUGCCACACGAUCCAACAGAGAAUAUCCAAACAUUCUACGCCUAUACCUACGCCUACGCCUCUCCCGAUACCGAUACCUGCUUCCAACCAUUCCUCAGCAUCCCGCCCCGAACCGGCUCACCCCCCGUCCGUUACCCCCGAUCCCCAGUUCACAGACGCCAUCAACCAACGCCCAGCUCACAAGUUGCGAUCCAAACAACAUACCUGACGCUCACGUUCCGCUCGGAGAACAGAAGCAAGAAUUUGAUGUCUGCGUCACCUGCAGCAAGAGGGCUGGUGUCGUCCCAGAGCCAUCAUUCUCGGAGACCUCCUGCGCAUCUUUCAGUCAGCCUCCGCCACGAGACUCCGGCGACAUCUGCGGACACAGCAGUGGCCAGCGAGCCGCCAGUGAUGAGCGGAGCUUUAGAUUUGACGGGGACAUCUUCGAGGAGAAAGAAAUCAGAGAACAGCGACUCUUCAGGAGCCUGCGCGGAGGUAUGGUUUGAUCAGGCUAACAAGCGUCCCGGAAAUGGAUUAGGGUUUCCUAAGCUGGAAGAUGGAGACGAGCCGCCGUAUUUUCUGGCAAGCAAUAGCUCUGAUGAAAAUGGUGUUUCUGCUGAGAGGUUAAGGCUUCGUCCUCACCAAUCAUAUACUCAUGCCGAGCAACAGGGUUCGAAUAGCAGUAGUGGUGAUUACCGCAGCGUCAUUGAUGACCUGACGAUUGAGAAUCGUAAGCUGAAGCAGAAACUGCGUCAGCUAACCCAUUCGCGCACUUCGCAACUGGAAGAAGACAAGCUGUUCGAGGUUCGGAUCCACCACGCUCUCCCAGCUCGCAAAAGAAAAGAAUUGGAAGAAGUCUUAGGAUCGUUUGCCCAAAACAUACAUGAUCCAUCAGAGAAGGACGCUUCCCGCUCUCGUACCACGCCGAGAUAUAGCUCUCCUGAUCAUGCCAAGAAACCCAGUGCAAAGAAUUCGACGUCGUCUGGUACAUCGAAUUCCCGGCCUCUCGACUCAGCAUAUGCCUCCAUUUCUAGUUCUGGGGUGACUUCAACUCCACUCCGCGUUGGUCUUGAAGGCAGGACCGCCAGUCAACCAACAAGGGACGAACACAGUGUACAGUCGUUCCUGCACAACAUCCCGGAAGGCUUAUUACCCAAGCAACCUAUGGUAAUGACAGACCGACAAAAGAAGAAGCUCGUGGUCCAGCGUUUGGAGCAACUUUUCACCGGGAAGCAGGGCUUGCUCAAUGGCGUCGACAGUCAACCAAUGCAGCAACAAGAAGUCUCGAGAUCUGCAGCAAACGCCGACGCAGUUGCAAAUGAUGGAGUGCACGUCAAGGAAGGUAUGCGGGAGGCAUCUAUUCAUCCUCACGUUAUGCACGCCGACAGAAAAGGCUCAAGCAGCGUGACUCAGCCUGAGACUUACGUUUCGGACGCUUCUGACGAGGCAUCUCCCGAAGGUUCUUCGCCUGAUCAACGGCCGACUAGACCUCUUGAUCUGGACCCGGAUCGAACCCAGGUUCCAUCAGACAACGUCGACUACAUUCGCCACCUGGGACUGUCCACACCUAAUUUUAACAGCGAAAAUUCCUCGGACUCGGACUCAGCAGCUGAUUCACAAGGUUGGAUCUAUCUGAAUCUUCUUGUCAAUAUGGCGCAGCUACACAUUGUGAACGUAACUCCAGAUUACGUGCGGGAAGCGCUAGCCGACGUGAGUGAGCGUUUUCAAAUUUCUCAGGAUGGACAGAAAGUCAGAUGGCGAGGAGGGACCAAGGGCACACGCCUAAGCAGCGAUAGUGGCGCGAGCAGUGCCGCUCACCAGACCCCCGAAGAUAGCGAUAGCUUGGAUGAACCCACCAAAAAAAGGCGCAAGGUCGAUGGUAGAAAAUUCGCUCCUGUGACAGUCGAAGAUCCGGGUAAACGUCGCCCACAAAACGAUCCAGCGAAAGACUUUCAUUACAAGCCCAUGUUCCGUCAUGCGACCACUUCAGGUUUAAAUUCUUCGGACGAAAGCGAGUCCCUAUUCGGCUAUAGUGCGAAAGACGAAAGCCGUCCGCGCAUGGAAUCAUGGAGCCGGAAGCCGAAUGCCAUGCCCUACAAGAACCACGACGACGCUGGAUUAUUAGUUUACUACCACGGUGCUCAAUUCUGCACGGAUUUAUCUGGCGACCGUGGAGGUCCUCCUACGCCUUUGCACGAAUCUGCAAUUGACCAAGAUGGUUAUUUUAAUUUUGUUGAGGAUGAAGUGCCUGGCGUGACUAGGACCGAUGCCCCUCCGUUUCCUCGUACUCCUUCAGGAUCAUUGCUACCAUUCAGGCCAUUCAAAGAUGACUCGACAGGAUCCGAUAUUCCCGGGCCAGGACUCUCUCGACCCACCACACCUGAACCACUCAGCGAUGACGCUGUGUCAGAACUGUUCAUUGACGGUUCAACCCCAGCUGUUAAUCCACCGCCUGAGCUACAGACCUUCGACUCAAGUGGUCUCGGCGGCACCCGUCCUGCAGAUCAUUUCACGAUCCGGGUCGAAACCCGCCGGACUAUAGUCGAUAACCCAGCCGCAGUGAAGAUCUCGAAACUCUCAGCAACUAGUCCUAGCAAUCGUAAAUUUGCCCACUCCAUUCCAAGAUCUGCACUCGAAAGCUUCAUUCGCGAUGGCAAGACUGAGAUCACGUUGCACCCCAGGAGUUCAGAUGCUGCCAAGGAAUCUUCGGUCCAAACAGAAAUCCUCUCAUCUAACCUGCGCCACCUGAAGCCAUCUGAACUUCCGCCGCCCCUUAAUUACCACGCUGCUUAUACAAGCUCGGACGAAGGCUCAGACGGGAGCAGCAGCACGUCAUCGCAGGAUUCCCGGCCGUGGCGCACUACACUCCUGGCAUCGAAAUCACACGGUCUUAUUGCGCGACCCAACGAGGCGAUGCAGGACGAUGACGAGAACGAAGACGACGUGGAUGAUGAAGACGAGGAUGAAGAGGAAGAUAGCGACUCCAGUAUCGACAUGCUUGCUGAACUCCGAAAACUUCAUCCCGAGACUGUGGCAGCGCGGGAGAGGGAAUUCGAGAUGGAUAUCCGGCUGGCAGAGGGGAAUGAGCUGUGCAUGGAUGAUGCGACGAACAAAGAUUCGUCAAAUGAGAGGAGCCCAUUGCCGACUACGUUAUAG